AUGACGUGGAUUCCUUUUCUCUUUUGUCUUCCUCUCCUCGUGUUAGCGAAUGCGGCUGGUCUGACCUACCACGGAGCAGAUCUCUCGUCCCUUCUCAUUGAAGAAAAGGCCGGAAUCACCUACAAGAACCUCAAUGGCCGGCCCCAAGCGUUGGAGACCAUUCUCGACCAGCAUGGGGUGAAUUCGGUUCGGCAGCGCGUGUGGGUGAAUCCGAGCGACGGGUCGUAUAAUUUGGAUUACAACCUGAAGCUUGCGAAGAGAGUUAGGGCAGCGGGGAUGAGUGUUUAUUUGGAUUUACAUUUGAGUGAUACCUGGGCGGAUCCGGUUCAUCAGACGACACCAUCUGGCUGGUCCACCAACGACAUCGACACCCUCACCUGGCAAGUCUACAACUACACCCUAGAAGUAUGCAACGCCUUUGCCGCCAACAAGAUCGACGUCGCCAUCGUCUCCAUCGGAAACGAAAUCCGCAACGGGCUCCUGUGGCCCCUGGGCGCCAUGAGCAGCACCACCACCAGCCACGACCACAUCGCACGCAUCCUCCACUCCGGCGCCUGGGGCGUGAAGGACUCCAACCUGCCCACCACCCCGAAGAUCCUCCUCCACCUGGACAACGGCUGGGACGCGCCGGCGCAGGAAUACUUCUACCAGUCGGUGCUGGCGACAGGGUCCCUGAGCGCGUCGGAUUUCGACUUCCUCGGCGUCUCGUACUAUCCGUUCUACAACCCGGCUGCGACGCUCGCGGCCCUCAAGCGCAGUCUGGCGAAGCUCUCCUCCACCUAUGGCAAGCCGGUUCUGGUGGUGGAAACGAACUGGCCGGUGUCUUGUCCGCGGCCCGCGUAUGCGUUCCCGGCGGAUCUGGCGUCGAUUCCGUUCUCCGUGGCCGGACAGGCUGAGUUUCUCGAGAAGCUUGCGGGCGUGGUGAAGGCGGCGGGUGGGGUUGGGUUGUAUUAUUGGGAGCCGGCGUGGGUUGGGAAUGCUGGGUUGGGGUCGAGUUGUUGGGAUAAUUUGAUGGUGGAUUAUACUUCUGAUGUGGUGAGGGAGAGUGUGACUGUUUUUGGAAAGAUCUGA